UCAUUUUUGGAUAAAGUUUAAUUUUAUGUAAGUUAGUGCGAGAAUAAAAAUUGUUGCUGGUAAGAGAACGAAGCAGGCGGCAGUUUACAUCUAACUGUAGCUCCCUUCUCCCCACCUCCUCGCUAUUUCGAUCAAGAAUCCCCUCGUUAAACCCUAAUAAUCAAGAUUCCUCAAGCAAUCCAUCAAUUUUCAAUCUCAAUUUGAUUCCGACGAAGACCCACGGUUUGAAAAUCCCAAGAAAUCUGCGAAAGAUACACCUUUUAGGGUUUCCGGUAUCCAAUUUUGCCAUCUCCAUGAAAUGAUUGUGAACUGCAGUGAACCCAACAACGCACUCGACUCGAGCUCGAGAUCUAUAAACGAGACGGUGAAUGGGUCGCACCACUUCACCAUACGCGGCUACUCUUUGGCGAAGGGCAUGGGACCCGGCAAGUACAUUUCUUCCGAUACUUUCAGCAUCGGCGGAUAUGAAUGGGCGAUUUACUUUUAUCCGGAUGGGAAAAACCCCGAGGAUUCCUCGAUGUAUGUCUCGGUUUUUAUUGCGUUGGCCAGCGAAGGCACUGAUGUGAGGGCACUAUUUGAGCUCACUCUUUUGGAUCAGAGUGGGAAAGGCAAGCAUAAGGUUCAUAGUCAUUUUGAUCGGGCCCUGGAGAGUGGGCCUUACACGCUCAAAUACAGGGGAAGCAUGUGGGGUUAUAAACGAUUUUUCAGAAGGACUUCUUUGGAGACUUCUGAUUUUCUGAAGGAUGAUUGUCUUUCCAUGAAUUGUACUGUUGGAGUUGUUCGAACUCGUGUUGAGGGGCCAAAAUUGUACAGUGUUCCCAUCCCUCCAUCAGAUAUGGGCCAAAGUCUCAAGUAUUUGCUGGAUGCUGAACUUGGCUGCGAUAUAAUUUUCCAAGUUGGGGAAGAAUCAUACAAGGCUCAUAAGUUAAUACUCGCUGCCCGUUCUCCUGUGUUUAGAGCCCAGUUUUUUGGACUUGUUGGAAAUCCUAAUAGUGACAAAGUGGAACUUGAGGAUGUUGAACCUUCUAUUUUCAAGGCAUUGCUCCAGUUUAUUUACUCUGAUGAACUUCCAGAUUUUCAUGAAAUAAUUGGCUCAACAUCAACGUCUUCUGCAAUAAUGAUGCAACAUCUGUUGGCUGCUGCGGACCGCUUUGGUUUAGAUAGGUUGAAACAAUUAUGUGAAGCAAAAUUGUGUGAAGAGGUUAGCGCU